CAAAAUUUUGGGCAUGUGAAACGUUACAAGUAGCACGUACAGCUUCCCUCUUAAAUCUGCGGCUCUUAAGACGUGGUGAAGCUAGUAAAAGACAUCUUCAAGAUUCCUCAGACAUGGCUGAGGCAUCAGCAACGUCUACAACUACCGAAGUAGAGGUGGAAGAAAGACAUGAGGACCAGGUCACACUGAGACUGAAGAAACCAGACACUGACAAGAAGGUGAAGUGGGAGGAAGGCACGGUGGACAACGAGCAUAUGGACAAGAAGAAAUCCAAAUGUUGCUGUAUCUAUCACAAACCCCGCAAGUUUGGUGAGAGUUCAUCAGAGAGUGAAGGUGAUGAUGAUGAUUGUAUGUUCCACCACCAUGGUCAUCGCAGUAGGAGAAAACAUCAUCAUCAUCACGACCAUGAUCAGGAAAACAAGGAUCCCGCAGGCGGACCAGAGCCAGGGCCAUCUGGUGUAGAGCCAAGCUAAAGUACAUUGUGCAGAAGUCAUGUAGAGUUUGAACGUUUGUAUUCUGGUACUGAAAGGUGGUGGUUUAACCACCAGUACAGUUUUAGUAUCUAUGUGAGGUGCGCACUGUGAAUAGAACUUGUUUGGGUUGAGAUAUUUUGUGAUGCUCAAACGUGUGGAGGUCAUUGUGAAAUAUGGGAUAUCUACAUGUAAGUGACAAACCAAGUGUUGCUUAAGUAAAAUCUAUGCAUCAUUAAAGGGUGAUGAGCUUAUGACAGUUUUAUUGAGUUGCAUACAUUUAUUUUUUUUGUAUCACAUUUUCUUGUUAACAUCAAGCUUAAAUAUAUCUGACAAACAAUUUGACUAUUGUAUGAUAUAGUCUGGUCUAUCAGGCCUCUACAGACUCAACAUGUGCUCUUAGUCCUUAUUGGAAAGAUCAAAGUUCAUGUAUGUAGAAAGCCCAUUUUAGCAGAGUCUAUGUACAAAGUGAGUCCAUUGUACAUGUAUAAUUUCAUAAUAAAGCAUUUGCUUGUAAAGUAA